GGUCAAAGCUUUUCUCUUGAUUUGCCCUCAGUGAACUGCAGUGAACUGUGCAGCUCCACAAUGGAUGAACAGUUAGGACUGCUGCACUCAAGCCCAUCUGAUUGGACUGCGUUGUGAAUCCCCCUGGCCCCAGUAGCCCUUCCCUCCCUGGAGAUUGAAAGAGAGAGGGUGGCAGAGAUUGUUUGAAAAACCAGCACAGACAUGGUUUUACUCAAAGUGAAAUUCACCUUUCAAAAACGUGUCCACUUGGCGCAAACCCUAUGGAUGCUCUGCUGGCUCUCAGUCCUUACUGGAAUCCUGACUUUCGCUUUGGGAAUUUACCUCAAAUGUGAGCUGAAGAGACGGAGUGAGGUGAUGGACAACACUGAUAUUCACCUUGUCCCCAAUACCCUGAUCGUGGUGGGCCUCCUGUCUAUGCUCCUCAACUUCAUCGGGGUGAAGAUCAGCAGUGAUUCAUUGGACCUGGCCAAGUUCCCCCGAUGGAAGGGUUAUGUGGAGCCGUACCUCGUCUUUUCAUUCCUCUUCACCUUCCUCAUGCUGUUUGCUUCACUCCUGAGCUACUUCAUGAGAGGGAACCUGGACGCCUCGCUGAAGAUUGGCCUGAGAAACGGAAUCCGUUUCUACAAGGACACAGACACCCCAGGGAGGUGCUAUCAGAAGAGGACCAUAGACCACAUCCAGAUGGAAUUCCAAUGCUGUGGCAACAACAAUUACAAGGACUGGUUUGAUGUGCAGUGGAUCAGUAACCGAUAUCUAGACUUCAACAACAAGGAAGUCAGGGAUCGCAUUAAGAGCAAUGUGGAUGGCAGGUACCUGAUCGAUGGUGUCCCCUUCAGUUGCUGUAACCCAAACUCUCCUCGACCCUGUAUUCAGCGUCAGAUCACCAACAAUUCUGCACAUUUCAACUACGAGUUUCAGACGGAAGAGCUGAACUUGUGGAUGACAGGAUGUCGAGAGGCUCUGCUCAGCUAUUAUACAGGGAUGAUGGCAACCAUUGGGACCAGUGUGCUGCUCUGUUAUGUCACACAGCUCGGUGUGUUGACUGGACUGCGUUACCUCAGCAUUGCAACAGAGGCUGUUGUGGGCCAAGAGAAUCCUGAGUGUGACUCCGAGGGCUAUUUGCUGGAUAAAGGGCCAUUGGAGACACUGUACGUUACUGCCAAAGCACUCAAGGCCAAGUUCAACUUCAACCAAGUGCAGACAGAGCCAGCACCAACUGAGACGGCAGCGACAGAGGGCAACAAAACCGAAAAAUAGACAUUUCCUAACCCAGAAAGGUACACGCUGGGUAAUGGCAGUUACCCAGAAGCAACUAUCGGCCAUAGCUGACCUUUAACAUUGAAUGUCCUUCUGUUUGAAUUUCAUGCAGUACUGCACUUGUCCUCAGCAUUGCCCUGCUUACUGUUUGGGAGGGGAGAGGGGUUGCACUGAGUGACCUUUAAUCCUAGCGACUCUCUCCCCAGUCUCAAUCCCACUGCCUCAGGCCAAUCUGUAAGGUCCCUCACUUGGCAGAGAUUUGUCUUCCCUUCAUCCAGGCUUUAGUCAGGAUUAAUCCUCAGCUCUGAGCAGUUAGCACCUGACCUUUAACCCUUGGAACCAAGUUCAGAUAGCAGCACUGUGAUCAGUGACCUGUCUGGCUUCAUUACUCUGGUUCACCCAUUCCUGGGGCAUCUCAAUUCAUGACCUCUCAGAAAACACCCACUAUCGCCCAACUCUGAUAUCUGUGCAAAUAAUGAAGAGAAUUGUUCAAAAACAUUGAAGAAAACUCAUAAUCCUUUUUUAAAUCCCUCCCCUUCACCACCCCAUGACUGUGACCUUUUUCCUGGGCUUCAUUACAGCUGUCUAAUAUGCUUCAUUCUCAAUUCCUUCAGCAUCUAAUACAAUCCUGCAGCUAAUAGAAACGCCUGGAUAAACCUGCAGCAAGGGCUGAGGUCUUUCCAACAAUGAAAGUGGCUGUCUGAAUGACCAAAUGGUACGACUGAAAUGGCUGACCUCAGCCUCGGGAGGAGGUUGAAAGGAUAAAGGUGGGAUGUUCCUGAGAAUGGGUCACUGUGCAAAGUAUACUCUGUAGUAAGUUCUCUGUAGAUCUGCUGUCAAAUGAUAAAAUGUAGUCACAACUCAAUAAACCAAAGUGAUCAAGGCAAUUCUGAAAUAAAGGUCUGAAAUAAAGUGG